AUGUCUCUCCCGCCAGCAACCAAAGAUAUAUCAGAGCACCCCCAGGCAGGCUCUGUCGCUGCACCAACCGACAAGGCUGCCAAGGAAGCCGAUGUCUCCAGAAAGAUCAAUUUCUACGGCGUGAUUGAAGCGUUCCGUCAAGGGCGGAUGCCAGACAACCAUCAAAUGGACGAAACUCUGCAGUAUUUGCUGAAGACGUCACCGGUUGAUGAGAAAAAGCUCUCUCCGGACGGCAGAAAACUCAUUCAAGAUGCCCGCGAAAUUAUUGAAACUGCGCGUCUCAUAGUUAAGGAUAAGAAUCACGACGAACUUUUUCAAAACUUCGUUUGGAACACUCGCGAUGUUUCUUUCGACAGCGCAAAGACAGACCCCAGCGCAGCCGGACCCGUCGAUCGCGCCAAAAUUGAUGAAGACCGUCAGACUGCCGUCCGCCAUCUUCGCACUAUUCUUUCUCUUAUUCUCACCAAUUCUGAAGUUCGGAAGCUACUUUCCGACUUCUCGGUCAUCGGGCGCGACUUACUCGCCAUGGGUGCUUCGAAAGCUGCUGAGAAGUUGCGUCCCGGUGAGGAAGAACUUGCCCAUGUCAACGAGGCUGCUCCCCAAGAUGAGUUCGUUACCAAGGGUGGUCGCAAGGUGGGCUCUGGCGAAACGCCAGUGCUGGAGGCGAAAGUUCCCGGAACGAGCACGGUCGUUGAGCAGCACCCACGCGCCGAUGAUGCCGAGGUAACCACAGGGGAUGGCGAGCAGGAAUCUGGGAAGCAAUUAGUUGGCGAGACUCGUAGUGCCGUUGAGGGCGUCAAGGGUGUUGCGAAAGACAAAUCAUCCCAGGCUAAGGAUACUACUCAAGGCAAAGUAGACGAGGCUCUCCAGCAAGGAAACUUGGAAGGUGUUUCACCUGAUUAUUCAUCUUCAGACACUGAGGGGAAGAAGCAAGGGAUAAAAGAACGAUUUCGCGGUUAUGCAGGCGGUUUUACUGAUCGCAUCCCACAGCAGCACCGGGACCGAGCCUCUGAGCAGUACGGGCGAGGUCGCAAGUUCUUGAAAGAGGAAUAUUUCCCUGAGGAGCGCCGUGAUCAAUUCAUCUAUCGCGGAAAGAAGGUUAUCAUCGAGUGCCAAAAGCACGACGAUUAUCAAGACGCUAUCAGAUGGCUCCUUGGCUUUGUUGGGGAGUAUGCCGCCCACGGGCAAAUUAUCGCCGGUCAUGGAAAGGAACGCGGCAGUGCUAUCACGCAGGAUUCAGCCCUUAAGACUGCGAUGUCUCAGCUUCGUGAACUGCUCGAGCGUUUCGCAAACGAUCGCAGCAUGCGUUCUAUUUUUGACGCCACUAAUGCUCUCAUUGAUGAUGCACGUCGCGAUGAGGAGUUUAGGAGUUGGUUCCAUCGUUUGGAUACGUACAUUCGCAAGGUUUUACUUGAAGCGGGUUAUGUGCUGGAAGAUGACUGCAACCGUGAGGGUAACCAAAUUCUCGAGGCAGGUCGCAAGUUCUGGGACCACAAGUAUAAAGAGCACUUCGACAACCUCUUCGAUGCAAUUGGCAAUUGGUUCUCCGCGAUGGGAGAAGAUCCGCUGAACAAACGCUUCGGCGAAGACUGGGCUCGACUAACCCAUGACCUGUUGUUCGAUAGUGAAGGUAGCUUGAAGUUCAAGGCCGAUCUGUGGAGCGACAUCAGAAAUGUCAUCUUGCCUACCAUGGUGCAAGAGGUCGGAUAUUUGCCUAUUCCACGUGUCGAGUACACCGACGAGGCGCUUGACCUCGUCAUUGAGAACCUCACUCUUCAAGGACGUAACCUAUUCCCAAACGUCAUAGCCAUGGAGGUGUAUAACUUGGUCAAGUUCAGUCCAUACAAUGCCAUUAAAGACGAACGGCAUCACGAGUUCACGGUCACACUCUCGCAGAUUCAGGCGGAUAUGCGGGACGUUGCCCUCUAUUUCCACAAAAAGACUGGGUUCCCCAGGGUCAGGGACUCUGGAUUGGCAGACAUUGUCCUUGGCGGACAGGGCUUGACGGUUACCAUCGAUCUUGUAUCUGCCGACAAAGAUCACAGUUCCGUCUUCAAAGUCAAGGACGUGCACGUCAAGGUGGAUUCGCUGAGGUUUAGCAUUCGCGAUUCGAGGCAUGAUUUGUUUUACAAGGUGCUGAAACCUAUUGCGACCGGGGUAGUGAAGAAGCAUAUCCAGAAGGCGGUUGCACAGGCGAUCAGGACUGGUCUAGAGUAUCUCGACGGACAGCUCGUCACCGUGAGGGAUCGCAUGGAGGAGACAAAGACAAGCGAGGAUACGAGCCGUGUACAGGUAUUGCAAGACCUCUUCAAACACAAGAAGGAUGAAUCUGCGUCGAUUAAGACAUCGGAUAGCAAGUCUCAUUUCAAAGUCGUUCAUAACAAGCGCGCUUCGAUGAUCCACGAAGGACAUCCAUCCGGAUGGGUCAAUAGAACGACCGAACGCGAGGAGAAGGCGAAGGAGGGUAAGGAAUGGAGGAGUGAAGCGUAAGUUUGCCCUGGUCACUAAGGCACAUGCUGAUUAACGCAUACAGCUUCUCGAUCGUGCCUGCCGCCACCUCUUCCUCUUGAGCACCGUGGCUUGGUUGUGGAAGUGUGACCCCGAUGUGUUUCUACGUUACCCCGACUCUUCUGGAUCAUGAUGAUGUUGUUCAUAUACAUUUUUUGUUCUUUCAUUCUAUGGUAACCGGUUUGUGUGUAAUUAUACGCCAUACUUGUAUCAUCUAAUGUUGUAGCUAAUGCAUCCCCUGUGUUGUCGUAUCCUCGCGCGUGGCUUG